AUGCCAGGAGGUAGGCCCCGAAUCUACGAAACUGAGGAGGAUAGGAUCAGAGCACGUAAUGAACGUCGGCGUAAUCGCCGUCAGGGACAUCCUUCUGCUUCCAGUGCAGAAGCUCCAUUUCACAAUAUAUUUGUCACCCAUGAGAACGUGGGCGGUAGUCAGGCUCCAGACAGCAAUGCUGAUAUCUUCACUGAUCUCGCCAACACUCUGAACAAUCUUUCUGUGGAGGAGCAUCCUUCUGAAGAAGAGGCACCACAGCUUAGUACACUGGAUUUUGUUGCCGUGGAUGAAGAUGAGGAGGAAAAUGAAAUCAACGGGCGCAGGUCUUCGGUGGACAGCGAUGGGGAAGACCUUGCCAUGGGGGAUGACUCUCCACCCCCUUCAGGGUUGCCAUCCCCACAACCAAUGGACCUAGUCAUUGAUGAUGCCACCCAACUGCUGGCGGAACGCCUUGCAGAGCAACUCCUUGGACACCACAGCUGUCUGGAGCAUGUCACACAUCCUCCAUCCAAUGCCAACAUCAUUUCUCUCUCCGAGCUGAUCGGCACGGAUCUCCCAGAUGUUCUGUCCCACCCCAAGAUUCGACCGCAUCCAGCCGACUGGGAGAACCGUCUCCCGGUAGUGGCACGACGCCAGCUCUUUACCGGCAUCCGCCAACGGCGCGCUGGAAGCCCCCCUCCGUUGACAACCUCUGACGGCUCCUCUCCCAUGGAGAGUCCUCCACCCGCGAUGGAGGAUCUGCCUCCGCCCCGGAUUGAUCUUGAAUCUGAUACGGUCCCAGCCCGGCAAUUGCCCCUCGCCAUCACCUUUGAUGUUGACAGUGCCGGUGGCUUUGCCACGAGUCUGAGCGUGGCCCGACAAGGGCUGGACUGGCUUGCUAUCCGACCACCUGUCAGCAACCUGGCCAGCUCGCUGCAUCUCCCACCUGUUCUGGUUGGGUUCUACGACCCCAAUGGGGAACGAUGGCGAUCCGCUCGAGCUCCGAUUCAUCACGUCCCUCAUCUCCCCUUGGGGCGGCUCCAUGGCUUUGAGGCUGUUGAGGUGUAUCUUCUGUUCCCCCGGUUGUUCCAUCCGUCCCUGCAGCACUGGGUCAUCACAGAUGAGCAGUGGACCACAUGGACAGAUGAAGUGGUCAUGCCCGCGAUCUAUGACACUCUCCCAUCGGAGCUGAUCCAACACUUCACCGCGGGUGCGCGGGACGCGCAGACCCGGGCCACGGCCGCCUCGGUGGAGCUCACCACGCAGGGGAGGGACGGGCCCCGGAUGCAACUGCUGCAUCACUUCAUCCAGCCGCAGUACUUGGCCCAGCUUUGGGACCGGAUUGGCUUUUAUAUCAAGCAGCGUGGCCAUACUGAAUUUGAGGGGUGCCGCAUCUUCAUCACUGCCAAGAACCUGAAGACCAAGUCUCAGGACCCUGACUGGCAACAGGCACAGGAGAAGUUCUUCUCCACCUGGGAUCAGGUGGUCAAUCGGCCCUUCCUAGUCGAGGACUUCUACGAUGUGGGCAAAGAGGUCACCCCUCCUGAUCGUAGCUUUUCCUUCCGGCAGGCGUCUGAGGUGGCGCGGCAGCCCCUGACGCUGACCUGGCGUCGAUGCUGCUUGGAGAGCUUCCGUUGCUGGCUACAUGAUGUGGCCCGCGAGCUGGGAGAGGGGCAUGAGACCGCAUCUGCUACGGAGGAAGAUGGACCAGGCAAUCCCACUCCAACCACCUGA